GAUUUUGCCUUUGAGGGGGUAUUGAACAGACAUUUUGGGGUUUGGGUUGUGAGUUGUGUGAUGUUGAAGAGUGAGCGAGUUGAAGUGUGAAUGAGAUAUCCCACUGAGUGAUGUAAUUGGUGGUGUAUAUUUUACGGUAUAGUACACUUAACGUGUAAUACAGGGGUCGAAGUUACGCAAGCUUGUGAUUUGGCACAACACACGACUAACUGAUCGCCUUGUAUUGGUCUCACAGAGGGACGGACGAACUGCAAGAUAAAUUUAAGGGCUGCUGCCAAGGAGAAGCAUCCAGGGGAGUUUGCAGACAGAGCUGCCUUUGCCUUCCAAGUUGUUGGAUCUGGGACGGAGGAGGAACAAAUCGGGUCUCCGCUGCGACGCAAAACCGAAUUGCGAAUGGGUUGGCUUUUUUGACUUUUACACGCUCCCCAGGUUUAUCGCGAUAUUUUUUAAAGGGCUUGAGUGCUCUUCGACGUACGGACACACACAUAACUAACCCAAGGAACUGAGAGAACACGGCGAGCGACAACGAAUUUAUGACGACGGCAACGGACGUUUUCCAUGUGUAAACCUGCGAACGGCUCGGGCUCGGGCUCAGAGCUCCCAGUUGCCCCGCUACCUGUCAGUAGUGACGAGAAGGCGAAGGAUGUGGUGGUGGAUGCUGGAUUGAAGAGCCUCGACCAUUAUCGGCGAGCGCUUCCAAAAUGGCGAUAUUCUUUGCGACAAUGCCUCCUGCCGCUCGUGCGGUGGGAGACACCCUAUCUCGCCGCUUUCCAGAAUGCCGUACGAACACCAGCUCUCGAUAGCUACUUUGCGAUCACGGCCAACCUUGGCACACAUACAUUCUUUAUGAUUGGGCUGCCGAUCCUGUUCUGGUGUGGCUUCAGGGGCUUUGGAAAGGGACUCGUUCAUAUCCUUGCUGAAGGCGUCUUCUUCACCGGCUUCCUCAAAGACAUGUGCUCCCUCCCUCGUCCACUCUCACCACCUCUCCAGCGCAUCACCAUGUCUGGCUCUGCUGCUCUCGAAUACGGCUUCCCCUCCACCCACUCCGCCAACGCAGUCUCUGUUGCAGUCUACGCUAUCCUCAUGUUGCGAAGUGACCAUAACAUCUACUCGCCCACCACGACCAUUGCCCUCGAAGCCCUUGCUUACUUUUACGCUCUCUCGAUUGUUAUCGGCCGUCUUUACUGCGGUAUGCACGGGUUCAUCGACGUCAUUAUCGGGUCUAUUAUGGGAACGGCCAUCUCUCUCGUUGAGUUCUACUACGCCCCGGCUGUGGAAGAGUGGAUGUACUCUUCCAACUACGCCGCUCCCUUGAUCGUGGCGUUGAUCAUUCUUGUGCUUGUGCGUGUUCACCCCGAGCCAGCAGACGACUGCCCAUGCUUCGACGACAGCGUGGCUUUUGCCGGUGUGAUGAUCGGGUUGGAGUGCGGUAUGUGGCGGUUUGCGAGGUACUCCCCUUAUGCCACUAUCUACAACGGGUCAGACGCUACGUUCUCCCUCGCUGCGAUGGGGUGGCCCUUGUCUAUUGGUCGCGUCGUUUUUGGCGUUCUGAUGAUCUUCGCCUGGAGAGAGGCGAUGAAGCCAACUCUGUUGAAGUUCCUGCCUCAUUUGUAUAGGUUGUUAGAACGUGUGGGCAUGUCCCUGCCCAGAAGGUUCUUCGUGCCGGCGAGCGAGUACAAGGAUGUGCCGCUGCAUGUGAGGGAUGAUAACCUGAUUCCGAAUGUAUCUGAUUUUCCCAAGGUGAUGAGGAGCAUCAGGGGCCCGGGUCGCGGUAGGAGCGUGAGUAUCGGGCCGCAAAGUGCGGCGGAUGCGUAUGAGACGUUGGCGUAUCGCGAGCGGAGAAGGAGGGAGUCUUUGGAGGGUGACAAUGGUGGGGUGAAGAGCAAGGGGAGCUUGGCGUCUCUUAGGGAGAGUGCGGCGAAGCUGAGCGGGGUGGAUGUUUUUGAGGAUGGGGGGAAGAGUUCUGGGGUGCAGCAGCAGAAUGGGAGGGUGGCGGAGUUUGAGAAGAUGAUGGGGACGGGAACGGUCGUGGUUGCUAAUGAGGAGGAGAUGGUGCUUGGUGUGGAGGAUGAGUUGGGGGAGAAGGAGGUUUUCUCGAGGCUGGUGAAGCCGAGAGUGAGGUAUGAUGUGGAGGUAGUGACCAAGCUGGUUGUUUACACGGGAAUCGCUUGGUUGGCCGUGGAUCUGAUUCUCGUCACUUUUGAGAUGAUUGGGCUUGGUGCGGGGCACUUGGUGGCGGCGGCACCAUGAUGAACUUUGGAGGUGAGAAGAGAAAUUCUGGAAUACGCCAACGCCUUUUAAAUGUUUGCAACUUCUCUUUGGCUAUUGGCUUUGUAAUAGUUCUUGAUACAUAAUGAAUGAGGAUUUAUGAUGAUGAUGAG